CACAACUUUUCUCUGUAUAGAAGUAGAAGAGCAACAGUUACAGUUUUAGGAAGCUACCGGUACGGUACACUUGCAACAUGUGAGUAGUAAUACACAAAUAGCUGCUAAUACAUUACUAAAGCGGUUCAAUGUUUGUUCAACUCAUACACGUGCAGUUGAUUCAGGACAACAAGGAAAACCAUUUUACAAACUGUCAUGAUAAACAUAAUUAAGUAAGUUAGCUCAGUAGACUAGUUGUUUAGCUAUGGCCUUGCGAAUUGUCAUUGCUUGUCUGGUGUUAUCAAAUAUGCCAGGACUAUUUGCUUAUAACAGGAGUCAAGACAUUGAACAACAGUUGUAUCUCCUAGUACUAUUACCUUACCCCAACGAUAAUGGCAACCCUUCUUGGAGUGGUGGGCCCAAUGUCAUCCCAGCUAUGAGACUUGCUGUAAAUGACGUACGUUCAAGUGGUGUUUUAUAUGGUCUCAAUCUUACCUUAUUGGAGAAGGACUGUGGCUGUAAUUACACAAACAGAGCUCGUAUAAAUUUUAUUCGGAGUGUUUUAUACAGUCAGAAGCAGAUUGUUGGUCUUAUCGGUCCUGGAUGCUCAGCUUCUGCAGUUGCAAUAGCACCACUGACAACUCAAGGAAAUAUCUCACUCAUCAAUAUACAUGGAGCAGGUACACCAAAAUUGGGUGAUCAUAGCAGGUAUAAAAAUUUGUUUGGAAUAUACGGGUCCUCUAACGGUAUAGCUGCUGCAAUGAUCGCUAUGAUUGAAGACAGAGGUUGGACUAAUGUGGCUGUUUUGUAUGAUUCCACGCGCAUUUUUCAAUCCUCAACUCAUGAUGCUUUCAUACAACAACUAACUACUUCAAACAUUUCUGUAAAUGUAACAUCUGCAGCAUUGAGCCACAGCUUCUAUCAUUUGGAGAAAUUAAGAGAAAAAUUGAUACGUAUUGUAAUAUUGUUGGCUGGUCCCAUGCUUGCUAGAAAUCUGUUGUGUACUGCUUUUAUGAUGAACAUGACGUACCCAGUAAUUCAGUGGAUUGUCAUUGAAAGAUCGCUUACAGAAUUCAAACAAGAUGUUGACUUUGAUUAUCGAGGAUUCACAUACAGUUGUUCUAAGGAGAUCAUGGUUAGUCAAGUUCUUAAUGGAAGUGUACUAAUCACAUACAGGCUGGCAAAUGUAAACGACAGUACUGGUUCAUCUAACAAUAGCGUCUUAAGUUAUAUGGAAUUUUCAAGAAAGUACAACAGUGAAAUAGAAAGAAUAAACAUGGGUAAUGGAGAUCAAACUAUCAACUACAGUCCUUGGGGAAGCAUGUAUUAUGAUGCUGUGUGGGCUAUAGCUUUCGCUCUCAAUAAGUCUCAACACUCACAUGCUGAUUUUGAUAUGCACACUUAUGGUAGAAACGGGUACAGAAGUAAGAGUGAUACAAGCAUACUAAGACAAGCCAUGGAAGAGUUAGAUUUUCAAGGUGUGUCUGGAAGAAUAUCCUUCAACAAAUUGUCUGGGUACAACCAUCGAUCUUUUAACAUAUCGUUAGUUGUCAAUAGCACCAUCCUGCUCAUAGCACACUAUGAUGAUUUCAUUAACCAUUUCAUUAGGGUGGACCUCCUUGAUGAAACAUUUCCAGAACAAGUGCAUUUAACUAAUAUCUAUGCUACAAUUUCCCUUGGAUUAAUUAGCUUCUUGAUUCUAACUGCAACAGUUAUAUUCCACAGCCUUUCAAUAUACUACAGAAAUGACUAUUUUGUUCGAGCUGCAAGUGUGAGACUCAACCAAACAGCAAUAGUUGGCUGUUAUCUUUUGCUAUUUGCAUCAUUUAUUGCUAUUCUUGUUGAAGGAAUUAGGAUUAUAGACAAUGUUAAAGCUCUCUUGUGCCAUACGAUACACUUUCUUUGCUCGAUCGGAUUCACUUUACUUUUUGGAGCUACGUGUGCAAGGGCUUGGCGUUUGUUUCGAAUUUUUAACUAUGUUUGGAAAGAACCGGGAGGUUGUCUGUCAGAUAAACUUUUAUUGAUACUUGUUGUUUUGGCUACUACUGUUGACAUUUUCUUAAAUAUCCUAUGGGUUAUCAUCGAUCCCUUUGAGAUCAGAGUGGAUCAGUCAGACUUUGAUGGAUUCUACAGAAUUAUUGAGAAACGCUGUCAUGCAGAGCACUUCACAGUAUGGUUUUCAAACAAAGGUUGUCGCAAAGUUUACCUAUGCUGUGUUUUUGUCAAUGGGCUUUGCAAUUUCUCUACAAGUCAUACUUCGAAUAGAUCGAAAUUUAGAUCACAUUGUGAUCUUCAUUGCAGAUUUUUGCAGCCUGAACAUUGCUGUAGCACUUUCAGUUUAUUAUCUUUUUAUGCCUCCUGUAUACCCUAGGCUAAAAGAUGUUCUAUCAAAACAUUCUUGCAUUUGAUUGUUUAUGUUUACUUUACACAGAUGCUUUCAAUUUUCAUAAUACUGUACUGAUGUUAAAAUAAUAAUGAAUGAUAAGUUACUUCC